UCUUGUGCCUUGUCCACCUCUCAGAAAAACAACAAUGGCAGCAUUAGAAACAGCUACACUUUCAAUCUUCUCUUUUUCUUCUUCUUCUUUCUCUAAAUCCCACUUAUGUCCCAAGCCACCACACUCCUCUGUAAAGCUCCUUCACAUUUCCAAUUCUACCCUUUCACUUUCUCAUAAUUUUCCUCUAUUCCCUUUCACUAACCCAACAAGAAAAAGUUACUGCUUUCAGUUAUGCUCUGCUGUAGAAGAGGCAACCGUAGUGGAAGAAAAAUCGGAGGAAACCCAGAAACAAAAUUUACGGAAAAAGCUAUAUGUAUUUAAUUUGCCUUGGUCUUUCUCUGUUGUGGAUAUCAAGAACCUCUUUGGCCAAUGUGGGGCUGUUACAGAUGUUGAGAUUAUAAAGCAUAAAGAUGGGAAGAGCAGAAAUUUUGCAUUUGUGACAAUGGCUUCAGGAGAAGAAGCUCAGGCUGCUGUUGAUAAGCUUGACACUCUUGAAGUGUCAGGGAGGAUUAUUAGAGUUGAGUUUGCAAAGAAAUUCAAGAAACCGCGUCCUCCACGUGAACCACAGCCCCCAAUUCCCCUUGCUGGAGAAACACAAAAUGGAGAGACACAAUCUGUAGAGACACAACCUGUAGAGACACAACAUAAGCUAUAUGUGUCAAAUCUUGCUUGGAAAGUUAGAUCCACUAGUCUGAGAGAAUUUUUUUCGGCCGAUCAUAAUCCUGUUUCUGCCAAGGUUGUUUUUGAGGCUCCAGGAAGAUCUGGUGGUUACGGCUUUGUCUCAUUUGCCACAAAGGAGGAGGCAGAGGCUGCAAUUUCUUCUCUGAAUGGGAAGGAGUUGAUGGGCCGACCAAUUCGUUUGAAAUUCAGUGAAAAGAAAGUUGAUGAAUCCGCAAGUGAAAAUGAACAGGAAGACGUACCUGAGGAUCAGCCUGCAGAAUCAUAGAUAAUUAAAUUGCUGCAGGGUUUGCAGAUUGACUGUGCACAAUUAUGAAAGGCUGAAAUUUUGGUGCCAACCGCCCAUAAAGCUCAUGAAAGCAUUCUCUUUUUAUCUGUGUAUUUUUACAUGCGCUUUAGUUUUAUCCUUCACUUUAGGUACUUCAUAUUAACAGUCAAUUUUGUUCUUGAUGCCUUAAUUUUUUUUUUUUUUUUUCAUUGAAACUGUUAUACACACACACACACACACACACACACACACACUCAUAUUACCUCUUGAUUGUCCUGAAUAUACAUCGAAAUUCAUUAUAUAUCAAAUGAUCACUUAAAUUAUUUCAA